UAGUCGGUAAUGUUAAGAUACUGUCUAUACUGAGCUAACAGGCAGAUGUGCGGCGAUUGAUCGUAGAUGAUCUCCUACUUUAUGGAAAACAACCAGAAUCUGUUUUUGCAUUUGUUGCUCAUUGAAGUCAAACAGGCCAUCGCCGCCCGACCUUGCAGUUUCUACACAGGCUCGGCUCCACCGCUGGAUUAGAGAUUGAAAUAAAUAUACACCGAUCAACAAGUGCCCCGGUAGCUGGAGAAAAGUAAUUGAAAAAGCAGAAUAAAAUGAGUGAACUGGACCAGUUACGCCAAGAGGCAGAGCAGCUCAAAAAUCAGAUCAGAGAUGCCAGGAAAGCAUGUGCAGAUGCCACAUUAUCACAGAUCACAGCCAAUAUUGACCCCGUUGGACGAAUCCAGAUGCGUACAAGACGAACGCUGCGGGGUCACCUGGCUAAAAUCUAUGCCAUGCAUUGGGGAACAGAUUCCAGGCUCUUGGUCAGUGCCUCUCAAGAUGGCAAACUCAUUAUUUGGGACAGUUAUACCACAAAUAAGGUUCAUGCCAUUCCACUUCGAUCUUCCUGGGUCAUGACUUGCGCAUAUGCACCAUCAGGAAAUUAUGUGGCCUGUGGUGGUUUAGACAACAUCUGCUCCAUUUACAACCUGAAAACACGCGAGGGGAAUGUACGUGUGAGCCGUGAGCUCGCUGGACAUACAGGAUACCUGUCCUGUUGUCGCUUUCUUGAUGACAACCAGAUUGUUACAAGCUCUGGUGACACCACUUGUGCACUUUGGGACAUUGAGACUGGCCAGCAGACAACCACAUUUGCUGGACACACAGGUGAUGUCAUGAGCCUGUCGUUGGCCCCUGACUCACGGUUAUUCGUCUCUGGUGCUUGUGAUGCCUCUGCUAAACUCUGGGACGUUCGAGAGGGCAUGUGCAGACAGACAUUUACUGGCCAUGAGUCUGACAUCAAUGCCAUCUGUUUCUUCCCUAAUGGCAAUGCCUUUGCCACGGGCUCUGAUGAUGCCACCUGCAGGCUGUUUGAUCUGCGUGCUGAUCAGGAAUUAAUGAUCUACUCUCAUGACAAUAUCAUAUGUGGCAUCACCUCUGUUGCAUUCUCAAAGAGUGGCCGUCUUCUUCUGGCGGGAUAUGAUGACUUCAACUGUAAUGUGUGGGACACACUAAAAGCUGACCGUGCUGGUGUGUUGGCUGGACAUGACAACCGUGUUAGCUGCCUGGGAGUUACUGAUGAUGGCAUGGCAGUUGCAACAGGAUCCUGGGACAGUUUUCUGAAGAUCUGGAAUUGAAGCCUGAAGAUGUUCUUUUAACUCCAAAGUUGACUGGAAGACCAUUACAACUUCAGAAUGUUCACAGCAUCUUCUUCAACACUGUUUAAACUGACUUGGACACCACAAAAAACGAAGGGAAACCAAUGCCUUUCCUACACAAAGAAGAGCACAAUUGUUUAUCACCUAGUUAAGAAAGGAUCUCCUGUGGUAUCAAAUCAGAAACUUGUGCAUUCCUUCUUGGACCAUUUUAUGUUACCUUGAAAGAAAAAAAAAAAACAACACUAUCAUCCCAUGCAAAUGUGUGCGUCUUGAAAGCAAAUGUUGGAGUGUAAUUGUACAAAUUAUUUAACUUUUUUUUUUUUUUUUUUUUUUUUUUUUUUUUAAAGAAUUCUAUUCUGAUGGUUUGUUAUUCUUGAUGGCUUUCUUUUUGUCAUAUUUCUUUAGUGGUUUUAAAUAUGUUUGAAUUACAGCUUGUCUUUCUAAUCCGGUCAAAUCAUAUAAAGACAGAUGAGAGAAAAACACGCAGAAGUAAAAAGCUUGGAUCAUAUUACACGAGCAGCUUUCAAAAUGUCCAUGAUGUAUUUAUAUACUAGCUGUUUUUGUUUCAUCACAGCCUUUGCACAUGAAGAAGCUUUCUCCUCUCAACUAAUACUAUGUUAACUAACCAAGCACAUGCUAUAAGUUAUGAAUGCUCAUUCCAGUACAAAAGGAGUUAUUAUGAGUAACUUAACCAGUUAACCCCUUAAUUCUUGUACAUGCCUUUUGGGUGGGAAGGGGUGGGGUUGCAAGGUAGGUGCUGAGAUAAUUGGGGUAUGGCUGGAUUUUAUUAUAUGGAUGGGGGGGCGGGGGGGAGAUUGUGUUUAGUAUCCACUUUGAGUGAAACACCUCACCUGACUAAAUAGACACUUCCUUUGCUUGGGACUGCAGUUGCAACUCUGUGAAUGAAAUGUACAAAUCAAUGUCUGAAAAUAAUGGUCUGAUGUUUUAAGUUAAGACAUUUAAUUUUGUCUGCCAUGAGUUAAUUUAGAUGUGCAUGCUGUAGACUUGCUUUCAAUGGUGCAAAAAUCCUAGAUUUUUUUUCUUCCUUUUUUUGGUUUCUGAAAAGGAGAGUAACCUAUUGAUUGAACUUAAUAGAAGCCAAUUUUUUUUGGCUCAAACUCUGCAUACAUCAUGUACUAAUACUGGUAACGCUAUGCACCAGAGUGAGCAAGAAUGGAGAAAGACUUAAUAUUGACUGCGUACUUCAUGUAAAUUAUGCUUACCAGUUCAAUCGAUGCCAAUUUUUGUAAUAAUUAUAACAAUCAUUGUGAGACUUCUAUCCUUGACAAGUCCUUUCUCUCCUUCAAAUCUUCACGCUCAAUGGAACAAAAACAUCCUCACAAACUGUCCAUACUAAAACUUUUGUACAUUUAUUUUCCUUGGUCUUAAAUUGAAAAUCAGAGCAUCUGAAUGACAACAUUUCACUGUAUACAGAAGCACUUUUGUUAACGUUGUGACAUAUUUUCACUUUUCUUUUUUUUUUCUGCGAUGAUGUACAAUAAAUGUGAUGUAUUCGUGUGUGGCCACAAGUGAAAAUGCAAUUCAACUGAGAUGGAUUCCCUUUUCUCUUUCCAUUAAUAUUAUAGAGCUCUGCACCCUUAUGUACCUUUUCACUUUUUGUAUUUCAUUUCAGUCUGUUGGUGUUCCACGGUGAGCUGGAUGCAAGAUAGAUACUGUACUAAAUUGUACUGUUAUUGAUUGGAAAAUGUAAUAAAAAGCUGUUUGAGAUCGCU